GCUUCACACCCGGUAAAGUUAACGACAUCCCGAUUGACAUCACACCCGGUAAAGUUCACGAUAUUCUACUAUUCUACACCCGGCGAAGUUCACGAUAGUCUACGUCUUUCACACUCGGUGAAGUUCAAGAUAGUCUACAGGUAUCUCAUUGUGAAGUUCAAGAUAGUCUACGGAGGAGUGUACAAGCAGGCGUUGAGGUUCAAGGUUGAACGAGACGGCAGAGAGUACAUCGGAGAAAACGCGUUCGCCCUGGAGAGAACGGAGGCAGACGAGCUACACGGAGCACAAGCGCAUCCCUCAGGACUCAAUAUCAACGCAGUUGGACGGAGUUACUUGUUGCUUCAGGGAUGCGACCUCUCCAUCAAGAAGGUCGACGACAUCGAACUCAAGAUCGACGGGGACCUCAGACGGUAUAAUGACAUCAAAGCUAUCAUGACGCGUCUCGCCAAGCAGUCACUGGCCCAGAACAACCCAGAACAGUACGAGGGCUUCUGGGUCGACUCAGAUGAAGAAGAGUACUGGGAUUACUACGGCUACUACGACGACUACGGCCAGUGGCAGUACUACGAGGACGACGAAUGGUGGGACGAGGAAGAACAAUAUGACGAGCAGUAUUCUCCACCUACGGCUUCGGCAGCAAAUGACGAGGCGUACAAGGGAUCCGGCAAGGGCAAGAAAGGAAACCCAGGCAACUGCUGCAAGUGCGGCUCGAGAUGGCAUCGAUCUGAAGACUGCCCUGCCGGAGGCAAGAAGGACACCAAGAAAGGCGACGACAACAAAGGGAACGGCAAGAGCAAGUCGGACUCGAACAACGGCAAGGGCAAGCAUCGUGGCGGAAAGGGCCGCGGUCGAGGCAAAGGACGAGGAAAAGGUUACCGUGGCAGAGGCAAAGGCAAAGGCAAGAAGAGCAAGGGCCACUACGGUGAUGACUACGACGAGGAGUACUACGACGAUAAUUGGGACUGGAGAACCACUCACGGCAGUUGGUAUGCGACGAGAACCAAGACCCAGAACAAGGACGCGCUGUGGAAGCCGAACCCCGUCGCCUACCUCGCGGAAUCGUUCCUGGAGGUCAACACGAGCUAUCAUUCUAUCAAAGGCACCAAGAGGUUUGGUCUGCUUUACGAUCCUGGCGCGUCGUCAGGCAUCAUCGGCACGGACGCGGUACGGGAAUAUCAGCAGGAGAUUCUCGGCGGCGCAGAGAUCGAAUCCAGACCAACCCGAGCUCAGUUCACGGGCAUCGACGGCGAGCCUACACCCGGCAUCGGCAAGGCGAUCGUACCAUUACGCAUCCCAGCCAUGAAGGACGCGACGUUCACGGGAGACAUGAUCGGAGGCAUGGGAAGCUGGUGCCCGGCUCUGAUGCCAUUGCCAACCUCGAUCAGAUACAGGGCCAUCAUGUUCUCGGCGAUGUUCGACAACGGUGACGGCAUCCUGGUGAUCUUCCCUGACAAUCGACGACUUGGCAAUCGAGCUACACCAGUGUAUAUCAGGCUCCUGUUGACGGACUCUCGGCACUACAUCAUCCCGACGGACAACCAGCAUAUCCGAGAAGAAGUUGAUCAACAAUAUCUUCAUGGAGUUCUUCUGGACCAUCUUCAAAUAUUCUGGGACUUCAAACCAUCCCGCUCUGGAGGCAGAUCGGCGGAGUUUCAAGUGGAUACAGCGCCCGCGGACACUAGCACCGGAGCGAAGUCAUCGACUUUUUCGGGCAUGAGCAAGGAUACGACCAACCCAGAAAUUCUGAAGCAGCUGGACCAUCUCAGCAAGAGCAUCGAGAGCAUCAAGGAUCACAUCGGCCAGCCCGCAGCUCCCAACACGCACCACUUCGUGAGCAUGAAGACGGCAUUCGCUGGACACAGUUGUGGAGACGACAAGUGCACUCAAGACCACCAGUAUCCUACGAGGAAAACGACUAUUACAAGAACACAAAACUUCUGGAAGGUCUGGGGCAUGUUCAAGGGCAGCGGCUUUACUGGCGAUAUGAUUCCAGACGGCCUGAAUCCGGCACAACAAGAACGAAUGCAGAAGGACUACCAGGGUAUCCCAGAGAAGUUCUACACCAAGACGAAACUGACGGUUAUUACCCCCAGAAAUGCGGACAGCUUCCUGAAACAUCUUCAAAAUUACAAGAUCACGAGCGUGGACAUGCAGGAACACUUCUCGGGAAGCAGUACCUUGUCAUUCUGGGCAUGGAGGUGCGAAUUCUUUGUAUUAUUCCCAACGGAUAUGAGAUGCGGCUGGAACCUCGGGCUGAAGGAACACCAGGACAUCAUUGCCAGAUUUCAGAAGGCCAUCCGUAUCCAGGUGAAAUUCUACACGCCAGAGUGCACCCCCUGGUCACAGGCGAGUCAGACGGCAGAUCCAGAGAGAAAGGCAGCGAAUCGCUCAGCAGAUCUUCCAGCACUUCAAUGGGUAUCCGACGAGUGCAAGAACACGAACCUGGACGGCACGGACUACGUCAUAGAGAACCCGGCCAAGAGCGCGAUCUGGGAGGAGUCACCUUUGAAGGAGCUGCAGAGCGACGAGCGCAUGUACAACAACAUCUGCGACCAGUGCCAGCACGGAGCUCAGGACGCAGAAGGCGCCCAGACAUCGAAGGCCAAGAUCGUCGCAGAGAAGCUGUGCAAGAACAUCUUGAAGGACAUCGGCAAGCGCAUCGAGAUGACGCUCAAGACACCAUUGGACCUUCUUUUCUGGACGUGCGAGAGCAUCAGCAGUAAAUCACCCAAGAAGGAAAUAGCGAUCAAGCCCAAUUUCGACUUGCAGCGCUUCCAACAUCAACUCGAAGAGGCGGCUUCGGAUCAAGCACGACUGGCAUUGCUCCUGGGAUUUCAUCUGAAGUUCUGGCACGCUACACCUGAUGAGAUGGCGAGACUACUGGCGGCCCUUGGAGUGGAACCGAACAUCAUCAAGCUUUGCCCACAAGUGGUCAAGGAUCUGUGCGAAGGUUGUCGCAAGUAUGCUAUGCCGUUACACCGACCAGCGUUUCGCGCACGCAUCACAACGAAGUUCAACGAGCGAGUUCAAGGCGAUUUAUUCUUCCUGUGGGACAUGACAUGGCUCAUUCUAGUGGACGAGCACAUCAGAUACAAGGUCAUUGGAGUGAUGAAGGACAAGACGGCCCCAGAGUACCUACGUUGUAUGGGAGAAUGUUGGAUCAGAUUCUUUGGGCCUAUGGAGACAUUCGUAUCGGAUCAGGAAGGAGCUCUAACCUCGGACCUCGUUGGAACGACGCUGGACAGGUACACGAUCAAGCGAGAGUUUGCCGGCACGGACCCGAACAAAGAGGAGAAGAGUACUACUGGAUUGUCUAUAGCGUUGAAGAACGAGGUGGUCGCCAAGCGAGAGGGCCUCAACAUCUCCAAGGAGACGCUAGUGUACGAGGCGUCGAUGGCGCAGAACUUAUUGCUCAACUUCGGUGGAAGCACGCCCGCCAACGCACUUCUCGGCUACACUCCUAGGGACUUCUACGACGAGAACUCGGCGACCACCAUGGCCCACAAGGGCGCGCUCGAGAUUUCACCCGACACGUUUGAGUCGAACGUACGUAUGCGAUUGUUAUCCAAGCAGAAUGUCCUGAAGACGAUCGUUGAGGAACGCCUCGCCAUAGCCAACAAGUCUCGACCACAGAAACUGGACAUCGAGAGGAUCAAGGUCGGUGACAAGGUGGACUUGUAUCGCACACCGAGCAAGAAGGAUCAAGAGGGCUGGCGAGGACCAUGUGAUCUACUACAUAUGAAGAGCACAGGAGCGAUCGUGGUAUGGAAUGGAUAUCCCUACAUCGUUCCACUGCGGCACAUUCGGAUUCAUCAGAGACUAGCAGCUUGGACCAACAGCUACGAGCGUCAACAUACAGCAUCUUCACCUUCGAUGUACUUGGUCACGGAUUAUACCGACAUGCUUGACAUUGUGGAAGGCACGGUUCCGUUCAAGCCGCAGAUCGUGGGCAUGCUGAUUGGCGCCGACGGCAAGAUGCGAGCUUCAUCCAGUAUGGGAGAGACACCUCCCAAGGUUUGGAGUCUAGCUCAGCAGUGCGCAGAGGACGAAUGGGGAAUCAAAAUCGACGGUAUUGUCUUUGGCAGAUGUGUUCGACGGUUGUACGCGGUUACUGGAGCUACUUUCGGACGACAGGUGACUUGGGACUGCGCGAGACGCGAUCAGUAUGUGACAACGGACAUCAAUCCCAGCAGGCAGGUAUUGGACAACAUCAAUGCCAUUCCGAACAUGAGCGACGUCAAUGCGUGCAGCAUCCUGUUCUAUUCCUUCUCAUCAAUGGCAGAAGACGAGGAAACGAAGAAGUAUGUCAUCCCCGACUUCUCGGACAUCUCGGCGAUCGAUCCCGACGACGAGAGCAUGCUAGACCUACCUCUUCAAUGGCCUCUAUCACCUGAUCGUGACCCAGAGGACAACCACCGCCACCUGGACCGCCUCCGGCACCAGCAGUGGCAGUACAGCAUCCUGGACAUGGACAUCCUCAAGCAGCAGAAGUACAUCCUGGACUUGGACCUCCUGCUCCACCAGCUCCUCCGGCAGCUGGAAUCCGACUUCUACCCGAACACGAUCAACUACCACUUCCAGCAGGACUGCCAUACGGCGGAGGACCACCUCCGGGACCUCCACCUGCUCCUGGACGAACA